AAUAACUCUAGUAUUAACUUUACAGAAGAACUUACAAGUAUGAACAAUAUAUUUUCAAAAUAAAAAAUAGAUAUUAUUUUAAAAAAAGAUAAACAUGCAAAACAUACUGCAAAUUGCUAAUUCUCCAGGAGUGAUUUAUACAGUUAUAAGUCUAUUAUGUUUCCUCGUAAUUAUAUACACAAAAAGCACUGUAUGUGAUUGGAUGAUGAAUUUCAAGGAUUUUAAUAUGAGAAGCCAACUGAAUGCUUAUUUAAAACUUUUAUCGAAAUUAAAAGCAAGAAAAAUUGGAAUGGACAUGAUAAUAGAUGAAACUUACGAUUACAAGACAUCGAAAGGAUAUAUUACAAUGAACCUGAUUUUCAUGAAAUGGGUAUUUGUAUUUCAUCCGAAAUUUAUGAAAAUGCUAUUGGAAGACGAUGAAAACAUUGAUAGACCUAUAAUGAAGCAUGCUGAUAAAGGUAUAAUGACAGAUUCAUUACUAAUCAGAAAUGGAGACAGAUGGAGAAUUAGAAAAAAAUUACAUGCUCCAGCAUUUACACAAAAGACUAUUGAUAAAUUUCAGUCAGUUAUUGAUGAAAAUGCAAGAAAACUUGUAGCUGAGCUUAAAGAAAAAUGUCAAGCGGAUUGGACACCAAUUUUACCAAUUAUAAAAAAACGUGUUUUUUAUAUACUUCUUGAAACUGUGUUAUCAUUUCCGAAAAGUUGGAAAAAUUUUGAUCUGUUUCCUAUUUAUGACAAAGUUGAUGACGUAUUGUCGUCAUCUCUUAUAAUGAGACUCCUUAAUGUAUUUUUAUGGCCAAAUAUUAUUUUUUCCUUUACAAAACAUGGUCGUAAAUUUAAUGAAUGCAAAAGAAUUGGGAGGGAUAUUUUGAAACGAUUGGUUAUUGAACGACAGAAAGAUUUAAAUACAAAAGUUUCACGUAGAAAUGAAAAAGAGGCAUUGUCGAUUAUCGAUCUGCUUCUACCUUAUUUGAUGACCAAUCAUCCUGAUGUUACAAUAGAAAAUGUCGUUGAUGACGUAAUGGCUUUUCUAGGAGCAGGUCAUCAUUCGUUUACUGUAACAAUGACAUGGGCUAUGUACGAAUUGGGAAGACAUCCGAAGAUUCAAGAGAAAAUUCAGGAAGAGUUAGAUGAAAUAUUUCGAGAUGAUCCGUCACGAACAACGACAAAAGAAGAUUUAUCGAAAAUGGCAUACUUGGAAUGUGUUCUUAAGGAAACAUUGAGAAAAUAUCCUGCUGUGCCAUUUACCAUGAGAAGUACUAAAAAAGUGUUACGAUUUAAUGACGAAAGUUUUCCGAAAAAUUCCGUUUAUUUCAUCGAUUUAUAUCAUAUGCAUAGAAAUCCGGAAUUAUAUCCCGAUCCAGAAGUGUUUGAUCCGGACAGAUUUCUUCCAGAGAAUUCUGAAGAAAGAGAUCCAUACUCCUAUCUCCCUUUUUCAACUGGGGUCAGAAAAUGUAUUGCCCAUCGGUUAGCGAUGAUGGAAGUGAAACUCACUUUAUCAUAUAUUAUGCGAUUCUUAAACGUAAAAACUCAUCCACGAGAAGUUGUUGCCUGUUUGGAUGACAUUGUAAUUGGAGAAAGUCAGCCUAUUCUAAUUAAAAUAUCACCUAGGGAGAAGACUGAAACAUCAUAAAAUAGUUUUUUAUUUUAUUAAUUUUUUCUGUUAUUUUAUAUAUUUAUUGUUAUUUUACAAAACGUUCAGUAAAAUAUACAGAUAUUACGGAUGAACGGAUAUGAUAAUUAAUAAUGUAAUAAUUUGAACUGUUAUUUAAAAAAUAAUUUUAUAGAUACUAUAAUAACUAUGUGAUAAAGUGAUAAUACAGUUUUUCCUACCUUUAAUUACCAUUUUUAAGAUAUAAAACAAAAUGCAAGAGUGUACACAAAAUAAUUGAAAAUGAUACGUCUUUAUUAAUAAAUAAAACUUUCUAGAUACUUUUCGCAAACAAUUGCUUUAGAAGGUACAGCAAAAGUCAUGAGCUUUUAUUUUGUAUACGAAAUACUAUUUAGUAAUAAAAAAGUGAU